GUCAACAACGGGUCAAUCUUUAGAAUUUUGGAUGUGCCACCAAGGACUUUGGUUGCGCUUCACCGAUCUCUCUCACUGGACUAUAUCAUUGUCCUGAAGGGUCCGGUUGUGUUGACUCUCGACAGUGGGACGCGUGAAACGAUCAACCAGGGAGAGUUCGUGAUCCAGAACGCCACUAUGCAU